AUGUGUAGUAAUGCUACGUCAUUUUUGCCCAGACUACAAAUGAAACCUAGUACAGUUUCAGAAGUUCAUAAGCUGUUCGGGGAUGCGUCGGUGGCUCAGAGUGUGUUGACCAACAAGGCAAAUGGAGACUUCUUCUCCAUCAACUGGGGUUGGGGCCUGGCGGUGACCCUGGCCGUCCUGGUGAGUGGUGGAGUCAGUGGAGGUCACGUCAACCCGGCGGUCACCCUGGCCAUGGCUGUAUGGGGGAAGCACCCGUGGGGGAAGGUGCCAAUCUACAUGGUGGCGCAGUAUAUGGGGGCCCUCCUAGCCUCCGCCCUCCUCUACGGCGUCUACCUCAAUGCACUUGACGGGUUCGACCCAGAGCGGACCAUGGCCACGGCUGGCAUAUGGGCUACCUACCCAGGGGCCAUCAACGUCAACGGUACUGUCGUCAAUGACUUCCUUUCCAACGGCAAUGGCUUCGGCGACCAGGUGGUUGGCACUAUGUUGCUGCUGGUGUGUGUGUGUGCCAUCACUGACCCCCGCAACAUGGAGGUGCCCAAGUACCUGGUGCCACUGUUCGUCGGUUUCACCGUCCUCAACAUCGGCAUCUGCUUCGGCUUCAACUGCGGCUACGCUAUUAAUCCCGCCCGAGACCUGGCACCUAGACUCUUUACUUUACUGGCUGGCUGGGGGGAGACACCCUUCACAGCGGUGACCAUCGAGGGGCUCGCCUGGUGGUGGGUGCCGGUAGUGGCGCCUCACAUCGGUGCGAUUCUGGGCGUGAUGGUCUACAUCUUCUUCAUCGAGCUCCACCACCCAGAGGCCCAAGAGUUCGUCCUUCCGCAAGUUCAAUUGCAGGAUUCUGUGGCUAGCCUGGGCAUGGAUGGCAAGUACUCUACCAAGAACAGGAUCCUGCAGCCACGACCAAGUAACGAGGUGACAAGUCUCCAGAUCUACUAGCACACAACCACAACUGUCUAGACACAAGUACAGUAUUUUUAACUACGGAGGCAUUUAAGAACAGCAACGCUGAAGUCAAUUUAACUUAUAUACGCCAAGAUCACUAGCUGGGAAAUCCCUGCUGGAUUCUUCGAAGACUGGCAAGUAGUUUGAAAAGAGCAACUGGUGCCGCAUUACUUCUGUGGAGGCACGGAAUAGAUGCACACAAGCUACACGGAACAGACAAUAUUUUCUACAUUACUGUAUUAUUGAACUGACUACGCGUUAAGCUCAGGCAGCUAUAAUAUACCUGUUACUCCUUUGUACAAUUACUGCCUUAUUUAAAGUAAAACAAAAAAGUUAGCUGUUUAUAUUGCCAUGUAUUUUGAUGCAUUUUAUGUAAUUAUCUCGAGGUUCAAAUUAACUAAUUUAACGAGAAGUUAGGAGCUUCAUAUGGUUUAUCAAAUUUAAUAAUAGCGCUCGGUUCUUGUUGCGAAUUACCUAAAUGAAAACCCCUAGCUAUAGUUUUCCUCUAACCAGACUUAGUUAUAACAAGUUUACAACUAAGUAAACUUAGAGCAAGUUAUAAUAUAAAUAAGGUUUUACCAAGUCUUCUACCAAGACAGAAUCAUAACUUUCCUCCCAUAUGGAUGCAAGAGGCAUAAAGUGUCGGCGAGUCGGAGUUUACUUUCAAGAAGCCCAAGAACCACAUCUGCCGCCCAGUUGUGCAUCCAUCCAAAGAGUGUGAGUGGCAGUGACGUUUAAGAGAAGUUGACUUAUAAAUAUAGUAUUGAACAAACCAACUGCUAUAUCAUGAGCUGCGGCUGUGUCCGUCUAGUAACUCGAGGUAGAAGGGCGCACUGGGUCCCUCUAGUAACUAGAGGUAGAAGGGCGCACUGGGUUUCUCUAGUAACUAGAGGUAGAAGGGCUCACUGGGCCCUCCUAGUAACUAGAGGUAGAAGGGCGCACUGGGUCCCUCUAGUAACUGGAGGUAGAAGGGCGCACUGGGUCCCUCUAGUAACUGGAGGUAGAAGGGCGCACUGGGUUCCUCUAGUAACUAGAGGUAGAAGGGCGCACUGGGUCCCUCUAGUAACUGGAGGUAGAAGGGCGCACUGGGUCCCUCUAGUGACUGGAGGUAGAAGGGCGCACUGGGUCCCU